AUGCCGUCAGCUUCUGCUGCAGAGAACAAGGAUUGGAAGAAAUCCAUCGCUGGCUACGAGUGGCUGACAGAACAAGAGAUGCGUGAUGAUAAGAAGUGGCCUGAGCAAGGAAGUGAAAAACUACGUGAGCUCGAGGAGCUCAUGGAAAGCUCAGGCUUCUUUCGUGAGAACUUCGACAUCCAUACGGGUAUCGGUGAUGCUGUGGAUCUGUCCGACCAGGAAGGAGAUGACGACAACAAGAAGGGCGGGAACAAGUCGCGAGACAAGGGCCUGCCAGAAGUCGAUGGGCCGGAGACUCUGAAGGAGUUCGUGAACAAGUACAAGAAGAGUCUGCUCAACCGCCGGAGUGCGUUCAAGGAGGUGCUUGAGCGCUUGCAAACAGAGAAUGCGAAAGGACAUACGGAUGACCAGAAGGAGGCUGAGGAUGCCAUGAGAGCGGUCAAUGAUCUUUACAAGAAGUUUUGCGACAAGGAGCUCGAAAAGGAUGCUUCUUCGACCAAGGAGAGCUACACCGACAUUGCCAAGCAAGUCCGGGAGGCAUUGAUUCGCUUCAACAACUGCCUGAGUGCUCUGAAGACCCACUUCAAGAAGCAGAGCAAGGUCAAGGGCAAGGCAACCACGAAGCAGGAGCCACCUGAAGAGUGUGCUUCAGCGAUCAACAAUGUCUUGGAGAGCUACCUAGCACAUGGAGCUACUCAUGCAGCACGCAUUGCUUGGGACACCCAUCAGACAAUGCAGCCGGGCAACCCUGGGUAUGUGGAGCUGGUUCAGCUAGGCUUGGCUCACAAUGCAAAUUCGGACAAAGAAACUGUGUUUAUGAAUAACAUCCUUCGUCUGGGUUUCGCCUUGAGUACACAGCCUGUUCGUGUUGAUGUGCCUCUUCGAGGGGGGGCUGCUUCACAAUACAUCAUUCCUAUUCGGGAUCUGGCUACGGAGAUUCUUGAGAAGUAUCCCCAGAAGUUGCUCUUUGGGAACAAGGGAGACAAUCCCCAAUCAUUGGCAGCGGUGGGUGAAGCACUGGAGCAAUUUUGGCGGAACUUUCGGCCAAUCCGGCCGAACCACCCGGUAUUUGAUGAUCAUGCUCAUGAGUUGGACCGAGUCCUACCGUGCCGCUUGCAUAUGGAUGAGGGCACAUCCCUGCGCAAACAUGCGGUCAUGCAGGUGAGUUGGGGACCACUUUUGAAGGAGGCUCCAGCCAGUGUGAACCAUUGCUUUUAUUUCACGAGCAUCUUGGGAGACAGCUACAAGGAGGUUCAUUGUGGAUACGCUGGCGGAAAUACAAUUCUAGAUGCGAUCUGCAAGCACCUUGCAAUUCAUUGCAAGCAAGCAUACUACACUGGCAUGGAAUUUGGCACCCAGCGCUUUUUCCUUGCGUGGAUUGGUCUAGAGGGCGAUCUACCUGCGCAGGCCCGUGUGUUGCACUUGAAGCGGAACUUCACCUGUGCUCCCAACAUGUGCUGUCCAUGGUGUAAAGCAGACGAUCGUGACACGCCAUAUGCAGAUUUCAGGCCGAGUGCCUCAUGGAGGUCGACUGUGGGUUUGGAUCACCCCUGGACUAUCCCAUCGCCUCUUCACAGCAUACCUGGUGCUGAAACUGCUGAGUUUGCUUUGACAGACAUCUUUCAUUUGUGCCAUUUGGGUAUUGUGCGAACUGGUGUCACCUCGCUGAUUUGCUACCUUUGCUACAAUGGCCCCUUUCAGCACGGUGGCACCAGUGUUCCUGCGCGCCUACAUUAUGCAUACAAGCUUUUCGCAGAGUUUUGUCGAACAGUGCUUCAGGCCACCCCACACUUGAAGGAUUUCACCAAGGAAAACCUUGGAUGGGAUAGCAUGAAUUGCAUGCCGGAGUCUUCCAUGAACCUUGGACAGCCAUGGCUACUUGAUGAUGUGGCAACAUGUGCUCUUCAAUGGCUGGCUGCGAUCAACGACUUCCUGCACCUUUGCUACACCACGGAUCGUACUUUCUUCACGCCGGGACAAUGCCAGAUUGCGCAUGGACAUUUGUGCAAAUUUGCCGAGAAGUAUCAUGAGUGUGCAAGGCUGUGUUUUGCGCGGAAGCUUUUAUUCUUCAAUCUUACCACGAAAUUUCACUACAUGCUCCAUGUGCGGGAUUCGCUGGAGCUUCGACCGCAUCAGAAGUUAUACCUCAACCCUGCAGCCACCAGUACACAAAUGGAUGAGGAUUAUGUAGGCAGGGUGAGCCAGAGCAGCAGAACGGUGCAUGCUCUUGGUGUGCCUCUCAGGGUUGGCCAGAAGUGGCUUGUGUACACCAAAAUGAGAUGGUCAGGACAGGUUGAGUGA